GGGGCUGUGUGCCGUGUUCUGAGAGAAGGUGGUGGCAGGAUUCCGGCUGCCAGGGGACGGCGGGUUCGGGUCUGGGGUGGACGCCACUGGCCGGAGCGAGCCGGCCAGAAAACAAGUCCCGUCCAGUCUUCAGGACUGGGCAGCAGCCGGUGGGUCGGAGGCCAGGGUGCGCGGCCCGGAGGACGGAGGCUGGGACUGAGCAAGUGUCCGGGCCGGGGCGCGCCAGAUGAUGGGUCUGUUUGUCCUUCCGUGACGCAAUGCCAUGUAGUCCAACGGCAAGCAUGUAUGGGAUACUGCCAUUGUAGGGAUCCAGGGCCUGAGGACGGCUCUGCUUUGGGGAAUCAGGUGAGGUGACCAAGGAACAAGAAGCAUACCCUCACCAAUGACAUCAUGACAGCAAGAGAGCACAGCCCUCGCCAUGGUGCCAGGGCCCGUGCGAUGCAGCGGGCUUCCACCAUUGACGUGACAGCCGACAUGGUGGGCCUCUCUCUGGCAGGAAACAUCCAAGACCCAGAUGAGCCCAUUUUAGAGUUCAGCUUAGCUUGCAGUGAGCUUCACACUCCAUCGCUAGAUCGAAAACCAAAUAGUUUUGUGGCUGUGAGUGUCACCACCCCUCCACAGGCGUUCUGGACGAAGCACGCGCAGACGGAGAUCAUCGAGGGAACCAACAACCCUAUCUUUCUGAGCAGCAUUGCCUUCUUUCAAGACUCUCUCAUCAAUCAGAUGACCCAGAUCAAGCUGUCAGUGUACGACGUCAAAGACAGAUCUCAGGGAACAAUGUACUUGCUGGGCUCUGGAACAUUCGUGGUCAAAGACCUGCUCCAGGACAGGCAUCAUCGAUUGCAUCUGACACUGAGGUCUGCAGAGAGUGACCGAGUCGGGAACAUAACUGUGAUCGGCUGGCAGAUGGAGGAGAAGUCAGACCAGCAGCCCCCUGUGACCCGGUCUCUGGACACUGUCAAUGGCAGGAUGGUUCUGCCCGUUGACGAGAGCUUGACUGAGGCCUUGGGAAUCCGAUCCAAAUAUGCUUCUUUGCGAAAAGACAGCUUACUGAAAGCGGUGUUUGGUGGUGCCAUCUGCCGCAUGUACCGCUUCCCAACCACCGAUGGCAACCACCUACGGAUCCUGGAGCAGAUGGCAGAGAGCGUCCUCUCGCUGCACGUGCCUCGGCAGUUUGUGAAGCUCCUGCUGGAAGAAGAUGCAGCCAGAGUCUGUGAGUUGGAAGAGUUGGGGGAGCUGUCCCCUUGCUGGGAGAGCCUCCGGCGCCAGAUUGUCACCCAGUAUCAGACUAUCAUCCUCACCUACCAGGAGAACCUGACUGACCUCCAUCAGUACAAAGGUCCUUCAUUUAAAGCAAGCAGCUUGAAAGCAGAUAAAAAGUUAGAAUUCGUUCCCACAAACCUGCACAUACAGAGGAUGCGAGUUCAGGACGACGGCGGCUCAGAUCAGAACUACGAUGUCGUCACUAUUGGAGCCCCAGCAGCACACUGCCAAGGUUUUAAGUCAGGAGGUCUUCGAAAAAAGCUGCACAAGUUUGAAGAGGCCAAGAAGCACAGUUUUGAGGAGUGUUGUACAUCUUCUACCUGCCAGUCCAUAAUCUACAUACCACAGGACGUCGUCCGGGCCAAGGAGAUCAUUGCUCAGAUCAACACCCUGAAAACCCAAGUGAGCUACUAUGCAGAACGGCUCUCAAGGGCGGCGAAGGACAGGUCUGCCACUGGCCUUGAAAGGACUCUCGCCAUCUUGGCAGACAAGACUCGGCAGUUGGUGACUGUCUGUGACUGUAAGCUGUUGGCCAACUCCAUCCAUGGGCUGAAUGCAGCACGGCCUGACUACAUCGCUUCCAAGGCCUCCCCUACCUCGACUGAGGAGGAGCAGGUGAUGCUUCGGAAUGACCAGGACACCCUCAUGGCCAGGUGGGCAGGGAGGAGCAGCCGGUCUUCCCUGCAGGUGGACUGGCAUGAGGAAGAGUGGGAGAAAGUGUGGCUGAAUGUGGACAAGAGCCUGGAGUGCAUCAUUCAGCGGGUGGACAAGCUGCUGCAGAAGGAACGUCUGCAUGGGGAGGGCGGCGAGGAUGUUUUCCCCUGUUCAAGCACCUGUUCCAGCAAGAAAGAUUGCAGCCCCCCUCCUGAAGAGUCCAGUCCAGGUGAGUGGAGCGAGGCCCUUUACCCUCUGCUGACCACCCUCACAGACUGUGUGGCCAUGAUGAGCGACAAGGCCAAGGCAGCCAUGGUCUUCCUGCUCAUGCAGGACAGCGCCCCCACCAUCGCCUCUUACCUCAGCCUGCAGUAUCGCCGUGACGUCGUCUUCUGCCAAACCCUGACCGCCCUCAUCUGUGGCUUUAUCAUCAAGCUGAGGAACUGCCUGCACGAUGGUGGCUUCCUACGGCAGCUCUAUACCAUCGGGCUCCUGGCCCAGUUUGAGAGCCUGCUGAGCACCUAUGGAGAGGAGUUGGCCAUGUUGGAGGACAUGAGCCUUGGGAUCAUGGACCUGAGGAAUGUGACCUUUAAAGUCACUCAGGCCACUUCGAAUGCUUCUAGUGACAUGCUGCCAGUCAUCACAGGAAACCGGGAUGGCUUUAACGUGCGGAUUCCUCUGCCAGGCCCACUGUUUGACUCCCUCCCUAGAGAGAUCCAGAGCGGCAUGCUGCUGCGGGUGCAGCCCGUCCUCUUCAACGUGGGCAUCAACGAGCAACAGACACUGGCCGAGAGGUUUGGAGACACAUCCCUACAAGAAGUCAUCAAUGUGGAGAGCCUGGUGCGGCUGAAUUCCUACUUUGAGCAGUUCAAGGAGGUUUUGCCGGAGGACUGUCUACCUCGAUCUCGGAGUCAGACCUGCCUUCCAGAGCUGCUGAGGUUUCUAGGACAGAAUGUCCAUGCACGCAAGAAUAAGAAUGUGGACAUCCUCUGGCAAGCUGCUGAGGUCUGUCGCCGCCUUAAUGGGGUCCGAUUCACCAGCUGCAAGAGUGCCAAGGACCGCACAGCCAUGUCGGUGACCCUGGAGCAGUGUCUGAUCCUGCAGCAUGAGCACGGCAUGGCCCCGCAGGUCUUCACACAAGCCCUGGAGUGCAUGCGCAGUGAGGGUUGUCGGCGAGAAAACACAAUGAAGAAUGUUGGAAGUCGCAAAUAUGCAUUUAACUCCCUGCAGCUGAAGGCCUUCCCCAAGCAUUACAGGCCUCCAGAAGGGACUUACGGAAAAGUUGAGACAUGAACACACGGUGUCCUCUAAUUAGCUGUCAUGUAAUCAAUGUGGGUCCCUCUAGUGUCACAUACGAUUCUUCAAGAAGACCUGAAGGAUUGGUUUUUAUUUCUGUGUUUUUAAAGACUUGUCACUGGAGAGUCUAUGGAGCAUGAUUUUGUGCUGGAAUCUGUAGGGUCUCGUGUGGGUCGAUAGCGUGGAUAGCAACAGCCGCUCUCAACCACAGCUUUCAGCUGUAACUGUACAGUUAAUGUCAUAGUUCCUAGAAGAUGCCAGCUAGGUCUGCAUACAACUCCAGCAGACUUUCUCAAAUAGCCACUUAGGCCCUGCUCACCCCUUUACCUUUCCAUUCAGUAACUCACAAGUGAGCACUGGCUUAAAAUCUACUUUCAAAAAGACUGACUAUAAAGCAGAAAGUACCUAACCUGUACACUUCAGGUCCCAGGUAGAGCAGCA